UGUGCCAAUCUUCAUAGGACUCGAGAGUUAUUGGAGUUGGGUCUUGACAAUGAGGAUUCGGAGCAUGAAAAUGAUGAUGAUACAAAUCAGAGUUCUGGCCUUCAUGACAAGGAUGAUGAAACACUGUCCACAGAAGCAGGCCAAAAUCAUCCAUUCUUUCGGCGUUCUGAUUCCAUGACCUUCCUUGGCUGUAUUCCACCAAAUCCUUUUGAAGUUUCUCUGGCUGAAGCAAUUCCCCUAGCAGACCAACCUCAUCUUUUACAGCCCAAUGCAAGAAAAGAAGAUUUAUUUGGUCGUCCAAGCCAAGGUUUAUAUUCAUCCUUUUCAGGUCUUGGCAAAGGCAUAACUGAAGUAACUGUGGAUAGAAACUGCCUAGAGGUGCUUCCCACAAAAAUGUCUUACUGCUCUAACCUGAAGAAUGUUAUGAGUAUGCAGAAUCGUCAGAGGAAAGCAGCCGAUGAGCAAGUUUUACCCGAAGAUGAAUCUGAAAAUUCGCGAAUAGGACCGUCUGCUCAGGACCUUGCAGCACAACUGAAAAGUAGUUUACUGGCUGAGAUCGGGCUUACUGAAAGUGAAGGACCACCACUUACUUCAUUUCGGCCACAAUGUAGUUUCAUGGGCAUGGUGGUUUCUCAUGACAUGUUAUUGGGACGUUGGCGCCUAUCUUUGGAACUCUUUGGAAGAGUGUUUAUGGAAGAUGUAGGAGCUGAACCUGGAUCGAUUUUGACUGAACUUGGUGGGUUUGAAGUUAAGGAGUCGAAAUUCCGACGAGAAAUGGAGAAACUAAGAAAUGCUCAGUCUAGAGACCUAACUUUAGAGGUUGAUCGAGAUCGUGACCUCUUGAUUCAACAGACAAUGAGGCAGCUAAAUAAUCACUUUGGCCGUCGAUGCACUACAACUCCAAUGACCGUACACAGGGUGAAGGUUACAUUCAAAGAUGAGCCAGGCGAGGGCAGUGGAGUGGCUCGAAGUUUUUACACUGCAAUUGCACAAGCAUUUCUAUCUAGUGAAAAAUUGCCAAACCUGGACUGUAUACAGAAUGCUAGCAAGGGAUUACAAACCAGUUUAAUGCAACGGUUGAGAAACAGAGAGAGGGAGCGAGAAAGAGAGAGAGAGAGGGAAAUGAGGAGAAGUGGUGGAAUGAGAGCAGGCUCUCGUCGCGAUAGAGAUCGGGAAUCAAGAAGGCAACUUUCCAUAGAUACUAGACCUUUCCGGCCAGCAUCAGAAGGAAAUCCUAGUGACGAUCCAGAUCCACUGCCAGCCCAUCGACAAGCACUUGGAGAACGACUGUAUCCACGGGUUCAAGCAAUGCAACCAGCAUUUGCCAGUAAAAUUACAGGAAUGUUACUAGAAUUAUCUCCUGCACAGCUUUUGCUCCUUCUGGCUAGUGAAGACUCACUAAGAGCAAGAGUUGAUGAGGCCAUGGAACUCAUAAUUGCACAUGGAAGGGAAAAUGGUGCCGAUAGUAUAUUGGAUUUGGGAUUGCUCGAUUCAUCAGAUAAAUCUCAGCAGGACACUAGAAAACGACAUGGCUCGAGUCGAAGUGUAGUUGAUAUGGAAUUGGAUGAGCCAGAUGAUGGUGAUGACAAUGCUCCACUCUUCUACCAGCCUGGAAAGAGAGGCUUCUAUUCACCAAGGCCAGGCAAAAACACAGAAGCACGUCUCAAUUGUUUCCGUAAUAUCGGCAGGAUAUUGGGCCUGUGUCUACUACAAAAUGAACUCUGCCCUAUAACCCUAAAUAGACAUGUUAUUAAAAUUCUACUAGGAAGAAAAGUGAAUUGGCAUGAUUUUGCUUUCUUUGAUCAUGUGAUGUAUGAAAGUUUACGCCAACUCAUCCUCGCCUCCCAGAGCCAGGAUGCAUAUGCAGUCUUUGCAGCAAUGGACCUAGCUUUUGCUAUCGAUCUAUGUAAGGAAGAAGGUGGAGGGCAGGUUGAACUUGUUCCUGGUGGAGCCAAUAUCCCAGUCACUCCUUUGAAUGUUUACGAAUAUGUUAGGAAAUAUGCAGAAUAUCGAAUGUUGGUGGUUGCUGAGCAGCCCCUUCAUGCAAUGCGAAAAGGACUGCUGGAUGUACUUCCUAAGAAUUCACUAGAAGAUCUGACAGCAGAAGAUUUUAGGCUCUUGGUCAAUGGAUGCGGAGAAGUGAAUGUUCAAAUGUUGAUUAGUUACACGUCUUUCAAUGAUGAGUCUGGGGAAAACGCUGAGAAAUUGCUACAGUUCAAACGGUGGUUCUGGUCCAUUGUGGAGAAGAUGAGCAUGACAGAAAGACAGGAUCUGGUGUACUUCUGGACAUCAAGCCCAUCGUUGCCUGCCAGCGAGGAAGGUUUCCAACCGAUGCCAUCAAUCACCAUUCGACCACCAGAUGAUCAACAUCUUCCAACGGCAAACACUUGCAUCUCGCGUCUAUACGUCCCACUUUAUUCCUCCAAACAGAUUCUCAAACAAAAACUGUUACUAGCCAUUAAGACGAAGAACUUUGGUUUUGUGUAGAGUAUAAUAAAAUGUGUGUAUUGUGUGUAAUAAUAUAACUAGGUCCAGGUUUUGUAGAUUAAUUUUUUCAUUUGUCUAUAAAAUUUAUGGAAGGUAAUGCUGUCACACACCUGGAGGUUCAGUGGUGGUAAACAUUCCUGUAUUUGGCUUGUAGCUGGAAGUCCAAACCACAGGCUGUAGUAGCUUUGACCGUAACCUCCUAGGCUUUGGCUAGUCAGUACCCUGUUAGCCUAACCCCAGCCAAAGAUGACAGCAGAUCAUGUAUUGUUACACUGUGAUUAUGGUCAUUUGGCCUAGGAGAACUGAAAAAUGUUUCUGAAAUUUCACUGCUGCCUUUGUCAAAAGUUUCAUCAAAGGUUCUUGUAUAGAGGGAAGUAGGGAAAUUCCGAAUAAAACAAGAGAAUGCUUUACAUUUUGUGUGUGACUAUUAAACCUGAUGGGAAAAGCCCUUUUGUUUGCCUCAUCCAUUCAUCAUUGGGUAAAUUUUAAAUUAAAUGUUAUGAUUUCUUAAUUUUAAUAGAGGUGAAAUAUAUUCUCUCCCUCAUUCUGCCAAGCCAUUGUUAAACUGAUCUAAAACUGGUACAUAGAUCUUCUCAUUUAAUUUAUAAGAAUAUUUAGUUUGGUAUUCACAGUACAUUUCAGUCACAAAAUGUAAAACUGAGCCUGCUAUUGAGCAGGUUGUACAGUAUGCUUCUGUUUAUCCAAACUGCUUAUGAAAAUCAUUGGUUUGGUUUGGGUAAUCGUGUUCAGUUUAACAAAUAUGGUUUAUUAAAUUGAGAUUCCAAAUAUCAAAGUGUACUGUACCAAAGAGUUGGCAAACCAGUGCACAUGUGGAAAAAUGCAUUUUUGUAUUAAAAUAAAAGAAAUUUGCGUUCAUUGUA